AUGGCGCUCGUCCUCUCCCCGACCGUCUCCUUCCUCGUGUCCCCCUCUGCUCCACGUUCCCGAGCUCUAUCCUCUGCCGCCAAUGUCUCCUACCCCGCCUCAAGGCUGCAAUGCAAGAACCUGUCCUCCCUGCAGAGCCCUCUGAAUGUGACUGCUACUUGUGCUUCUUUCACCGAGAAGAGGUCGCUUCUUGUCCAUGCCACGGCAGAGGGUUCCGAGGCUGGUGCGGAGCAGCCAGAAGAGCCGAAACCGGCGACCAAGAUCGAGGACAUGCCGCUCGAGUCGAAGCAGAAGAUGAUCAUGGAGCAGAGGGCACGGAUGAAGCUUGCCAAGAAACUGAGGCAGCGGCGCAAGCGGCUUCUCCGCAAGAGGAAGCUUAGGAAGAAGGGUAGGUGGCCUCCGUCCAAGAUGAAGAAGCUCAAGAAUGUAUGA